GUUUUAGUUUUAGAUUAAAUAUUAUAUAGCGAUCAAUUGCUCUGCCCUGAAAUGCAUAAAUUAUGCGUCACCAAAGGGCGUCACUCGAGCACACAACAGAGGAAAGGAAGGGAAAGGGGUCUCGGGUCCUCUGGAGUUGUUCAUCAGUGUAACGUUACUCUAAAGCAGAAAUAUUAAUUUGUCCGUGGCGUAUUGUCAAAUUAAAGAAGGUGCGUGUGCGGUUUAUACUUCAAUAUAAUGUACUUAAUUGAUAAAGACAUCAGUAAGAUAAAAACUGCGGAAUGGAGACAGGAAGAGACUUAACAUGCAGUUCACAGCGACUAAACGAGUUUUAAAGGGCACUCUGUGAUUUCAUCGUCAAUAACCGAAGAAAGCUGGAAAAGCAAAUUUAUAUCAUCAGAUAAAAAAUGGGCAUGUCAUGUCUUUAGUCGCAGAACGAGGUCGAAAGAUGACUUGAUCUAAAUGUGACUUUGGUCAAAUUUGUGUCAUGACCUUUUAACCCCCCCCCACCCCCCUGUAUUUUCAAACCAUUAAUUCUGACUAUAGAUAACAAGAUUUAUGAGAUAGAUAUUUAUGAGUAGAGCCUGGAUGUAUUACUGGAUAGUGUGGAAGGUGGUUUGCAUGAGUAAAGAGGGAAUGUGGGGGGGCUGAUGGGCAAACAGCGUGACAUCACAAGACCCACGUUUGGAUGUGACAGCGAAGGAUUGCUCACUAUGGGCGCAGCUAUGGGGCCGUUGCUGCUUUGGCUCCAGGAUGUGGCAGCGGUGACGCUUCUAAGAGCUCGCAGGACACUUCUACGGGCCACCAUCCUGUUCUGUGUCCUGCUGCUUCUUCUGUGGGUCUCCAUCUUCCUGUAUGGAAGCUUCUACUAUUCCUACAUGCCCAGUGUCAGCUUCUCCACACCAGUGCACUUCUACUACAGGACAGAUUGUGAUGCUUCAGAUUCAGUGCUCUGUUCUUUCCCCAUGGCUAACAUCUCACUUUUGAAGAAUGGAAGAGACCAGGUGAUGAUGUCUGGUCAGGCCUACAGGAUCUCUCUGGAGCUGGAAAUGCCUGAAUCUCCUGUUAAUGAGCAGCUUGGCAUGUUCAUGGUCAAAAUGUCUUGCUAUACCACUCAUGGGACAGUUAUUCAGUCGGUGGCCCGCUCAACGAUGCUGCACUACCGUUCUAAUCUGCUGCAGACCAUGAGCACGCUGCUCUUCUCCCCGCUCCUGCUCACAGGUGUGUCUGAGCAGAAACAGCUCAUCGAGGUCGAGCUCUACCCAGAUUUCAAAUCAGACCUUUACCAGCCUGCCGUUGGUGCUGUGAUCGAGAUUCAGUCCCGCAGGGUCCAGAUUUAUUCUGCCCAGCUCAGGAUCCAUGCCUGCUUCGCUGGCGUUAGAUACCUCCUGUAUAAUUUCCCUGUGAUGUCUGCAGUCGUUGGGGUGGCGAGUAACUUCACCUUCCUCAGUGUCAUUGUGCUCUUCAGUUACCUGCAGUUCAUCUGGGGAGGGCUUUAUCCCCCCGAGCAGGUCAGAGUGAAGGUGAUGAUGGGAGACUCGACACGUCUUCAGCAGAGGAGGGAAGAAGCACGUAAGCGUAUGCACUCAUCCACCAGCACUCCUAUCAUGACAUAUGGGAGAGAUAGCAGUGAAGCAGCAGAUCUACCAAAACAAACGGUUCGAAACAAAGGUGAGUUGGACAGUCCUAGUGUGACUGGGACAGAGGAACUGAAUCACCUUCAAGAGGAUGAAGCUGAUGAAGCUCCCAUUUUCCUUGAGGCUCCUCAUAUUGCAGAGACCCAUUUGAGCGAGGAGGACCCAGAUCAUGAGCAGAGGGCAGCAGGAAUGGGAAACAGGACUCAAAAUGAAGAAACUACCCAACCACAGUCCUCAAACACCAGCCUUAGACAAAGGCUUGGACCCUGGAUGGGGCUCUGAGCUCCAAACUCUGGAGCGACCACAGACGCACAUACAUUCUGUUACAUUACGUGACUCAUAGCUAGCAUAUUUGAGACACUCCUUCUGCAAUGCAAUUUUACAUAAAUACUUUUUUCAGAUGCAUUUGGAAACCAGUUUACCUCGUGGAGCUGUUGUGAAGCUAAAGAGAAUUUCCUGUUCUGCUGCUAUUCUUCUCCUUUAGCUGAUUACUUACUAUAGGACUUAAAAGUCACCUUAAGAGUCCUGUCAUGCUUUAACCUGUCCUUACUGAUGUCUGUGCUUCUGUUACAAUAUCAGUUUUGCAUGUAAAGUGUAACUACUGUAAGUGUGUUCAAUGUUUUAACACUUCCACUUUAUUAAUUUCCCUUGCAUUCCUCUGCGUUAU